GGGCGUUCGAGGGUCGGGAUGAGACAAAGCAGGACGCUAAAUUGCUCAAUUGCACAGUACUGCAAGCAUCAUGAUCACUCCACUGAGCGCGUGCAGGAGUCUGUUUUUCUCGCUCUGACGUGAACGAAUGCGGAGAGUCUCCAUGGGGUGAACACUGUGAAAUCCUUGCAUGCGUUACCCAGUUUGAUCGUUGCAGCGCCGCCGCCGCCGAUCCUACCCAGCCGGGCUCGCCUCGCCCACUGUGUCGUCACCCGCGGCGGACGAAUGAGACCCUGCAAUAGAAACCUGAAACAGGGAGAUGCCGCGUGCGAGUGAGUGUAGUCAGAAGAUGCCUCGAGUAUAAAACACGCUCCACGCUCAGGUCACACGUCCAUUCGAUUCCAUCCCACUCACUCACUCACUCUCAAUGUUUCUUCGGCACGUUCUUUUGUUCUCGCUUUCUGGAGCCGCAGUUGUGUCUGUCGCCGCGCAGGACUUGGGUGUCCCGCUCUCGUGGCGGAAAUUCAGCAACAGCCGCGGGCUGUCAGAGCGCAUCCAGAUCGCCCAGGCCGCGAUCAACCAGAUGACGACCGUUCUCGACGCGUCGACGGGAGAGUUCGCUGGAAUCGGGUACUGGCAGUCCGGGAAUGUGUGGUCUGUCAUGGCGAACCAGGACUACCUCGCGAAGAGCACGGUGAACAAGGCCCUCGUGCUGAACAACUUGAAUCUUGUCUUCAACCGGUUCAGCAACUACGAUCAGUUUGGGUUUAAUGAUGACGCAAUGUGGUGGGCCACGGCGGCGAUCUACGCACACCGGGCGUACGGGGAUGCGACGAUGCUUUCGCACGCGGUUACUGUCUGGAAUCAUGUGCGGCAGUUCGUCGUUCAAGGAGGAGGAACACAGCCCAACAAAAACUUCCCCAUCCAAUCGGCUUGUAAUGGCGUCACUAUGGCUGGCGCAGUUUUCUGGCGCCCCACGAUUGACGACUCUGGAAUCAACUCCAUUACCACUGGGCUUUUUGUAACGCUUUCUGCUUUCCUGGCCGAGGCCACCGGCAAUUCCAUGUACACCAACGCUGCAGUUCAAAGUGCCACGUGGAUCAAAACCCAGAUGAUCAACUCGAAUCAGCUUGUUCUUGACGGCAUGAGCGCCAGAGACUGCAGCCGAUCUCCGAACUGGAUUUUCACCUACAACACGGGCAAGUACAUCGAAGGUCUUAGUGUGCUCGGCGCUGUUACCAAGGACUCGACGUGGACCAACUUGAUGAUCAACCUCUUGAACUCGGCGGUCAAGACGAACGCGUGGCAAGGGAGUAACGGGGUCAUCACCGAGGGCGCCAACCCUUCCUCGGACAACGACAAUGCUGGAUUCAAGAGCGUGCUGAUCCGCGGUCUCGCUGAGGCCUGGCUGCGCAACCCAGGCAAUGCCCCCCUCACGACCCUGAUCCACAGCUACGGCGAUGUCCAGUAUAAUGCGCUCCUGGAUCUCGCGGCCACCGGAAAUACUUAUUCGUCCAGCUGGGCGGGCCCGCCGCAGGGAUUCACAGCCUGGGGUCAGAUGGCUGCCCUCGAUGUAUUGACUAGCAACGUCCUCACAAACUAAGAGCUCGCAAUAUCUCAUCAUGUAGUUAUUGAAGAAUAAUCGAUCAGAGUUCUUCUCUCGAAUUUUU